AUGCGAGAGAGCCGGCUUUUGUACCCAGCAAAUGGAUCUGUUCUUUCAAAGCCAUUUCGCCGCGAGAACAGCACGAGUCUCAAGAAUACAGAAACGUCAGGAUCCAAGGAUGUCGGCAAAUACGCGGCAAAGCUCAAGAGAGCGGAGGUGAAGGAGAUGGAGAUUGCGGCUUCCAAGUACCAGAGGCAGCAUGACAUGGGCCUGGCAAAGAUGAGAUACAAGCUCAAGAAGUCAAGACUGGGUUUCCUCGAGUGCAAGCGGGUCGACAAAAAGGAGAGACAUGCACAUGCCCACAAGAAUCGAACGGCAAAGAUAAAAAUGAGAAGACUGAAGGUCGAGCUACGACACACAAGGGCGGAACUUGCCCAUACCCACAAGGAGCGGAUGGCCGAGCUCCAAGAGAGAAUACUAGAACUUGAAGUGGGACGAAAGGAAAGGACGGAUACGGCCAGGGAGCGCCGCGGCGGUUGGAGAGGAUUCGUCCCGACUUGGGCGACGGUUGCCCUGUUGGGACGGGACAUCAGCGACGCCUCGAGGGUCGUGCAGAAUAUCCACGCAGGAGUCUCCUGGGCUCCAAGCGCCGCGUCGGAUUUGCGGCGGUGGGUGAGCCGUUCAGAAUGA